UCACGGCUCCCAGUUGCGCUGCGACCCUGGCAGGGGCCGGAGUUGUGAGUCCUUUAAAUAGCUACAGCAACCCCGGGUAUCUGCCAGGCAGUGUGGGACCAGCACAGCCUGGAGCCGGGAGCUCUUUGCUCUGUUUUUUAUUCAAAGCUUCCCACCUCAAUCUGGUGGGAGGCUAGUCUCCAGACCUGCCCCCUGCAUUCCAGCCUCCGGCCGUUCCAAGGGAGAAGUGGAGCCAGCCUAUGACCAUAUGCCAAAAUUUAUUAUGUGGACCUCUCCUGCGAAAAUUAUUACCCACCCCUAGUCUAGUAGGUGUGUGGUCAGUGCAAAGGCCCUGCCCUUCUUCGUCAGCUGAGGGGGAGGAGGAUCUCUCUGCCCAUCCCCUGAAGCCUCCUGGCUGCUCUAAACAGGCUGGGGAUGGGAUUCUAUUUCUCCCGCCCUCUUAAAGUUAUUUUUCCCCGUAACGACUGGGAUGGUGGCUGGGGCCGCAGGCAGUGGGUGAGGGUCUCUUGUUGUUGCAGAUGCGGGUGACCUUCGAGGAGGUGGCUGUGUAUUUCACCCAGGGGCAGGGGGCGCUGCUGGGCCCCGCUCAGAGAGCCCUCUACAGGGACGUCAUGCAGGAGAACUACGAGGCGGUGACCUCGCUGGGGUUUCCUGUUCCCAAACCUGAGCUGAUCGCCCGGCUGGAACGAGGGGAAGAGCUCUGGGAGCCUGACCUCCAGGCCGGGGAGGAAAGAGAGAUCCUCAGAGGCACCCGCACAGGUGAUGAGACGAGUGAGAAUGAAGAAGGGAAUCGACAGCAGGAAGUUCCGGGGGAAAUGGAACCGCAGGCGACCUUUGUGGGAAGAGCUGAAGGGAAUGUUUCCCAGUGCUUGGAACAGGGAGAAGCCUGGGGAAAUUGGCCCAGGCCGGAGAGGCUGCUGGGAAAUAACCCAAGUGAGCAAAUGGAUGAAUCUGUUAAAUGUGAGGAAGGACACAAGCAUCCCACAUUCCAGCAGACAAACUCAAUGGAAAAGAAACACCAUAAAUGGCUCGUUUAUGGGAACAGAUUGAUUCUGAGCCCAGAGCUUAUGACCAUUCAGACAGUAGCUACUGGAGAGAAACCCCUUGAAUGCUUGGACCGCGGGGAAAGCAUCAGUAACUGCUCCGAUCUUAAUGCUCACGGGAGAAGCCAAAUGGGAGAGAGAGGCUCUCAGUGCCUUGAGGGAGGGAACUGUAUGAAUUGGAAGUCAGCACUGAUGACACAUGAGACAAGCCACACAGGAGAGAGACCCUAUAAAGGCUUAGACUUUGCAACAAGUUUCAUUUGUAGAUCAGAUCUUAUUAGUAAUCAGCCAGUCCACACAGGAGAGAGAUCCCAUAAAUGCUUAGACUGUGGAAAAAGUUUCAUACAGAGGUCAGGCCUCAUUAGACAUCAGGCCAUCCACACAGGAGUCAGACCCUAUAAAUGUUUAGAGUGUGGGAAAAGUUUCAUAUGGAGGUCAGCUCUUGUUGCACAUGAGAAAAUCCACUCAGGAGACAGACCUCAUAAAUGUUUGGACUGUGGGAAAACUUUUACAAGGAAGUCUUCCCUUGUAUCGCAUCAAGCAGUUCACACAGGAGAGAGACCCCAUAAGUGCUUAGACUGUGAGAAAAGUUUCAUACAGAGGUCUGACCUCAUGAAACAUCAGACAGUCCACACAGGAGUCAGACCCCAUAAGUGUUUAGAGUGUGGAAAAAGUUUCACAAGGAAGUCAGCCCUUGUUCAACAUGAGAAAAUCCACACAGGAGACAGACCCCACAAGUGCUUAGACUGUGGAAAAAGUUUCAAAAGAAAGUCAGUCCUUGUUCAACAUCAGAAAAUCCACACUGGAGAGAGAUCCCAUAAGUGCUUAGACUGUGGGAAAAGUUUCAUACGGAGAUCAGAUCUUAUUAAACAUCAGGCAGUCCACUCAGGGGAGAGAUCCCAUAAAUGCUUAGACUGUGAGAAAAGUUUCAUACGGAGUUCAGAUCUUAUGAAACAUCAGGCAGUCCACUCAGGAGACAGACCCCAUACGUGCUUAGACUGUGGAAAAAGUUUCAAGAGGAGGUCAGCUCUUGUUUCACAUCAGGCAGUCCACACAGGGGAGGAGAAACCCCAUAAGUGCUUAGACUGUGGAAAAAGUUUCAUAUGGAGGUCAGCCCUUGUGUCACAUCAUAAAAUGCACACAGAAGAGAAACCCCAUAAGUGCUUAGACUGUGGAAAAAGUUUCAAAAGGAGGUCAGCCCUGGUUUCGCAUCAGGCCGUCCACACCGGAGAGAGACCCCAUAAGUGCUUGGUCUGUGGAAAAAGUUUCGCACGUAGAUUCAACCUUGUUUUUCAUCAAGUAGUGCACACAGGAGAGAGACAGCAUAAAUGCUUAGUUUGUGCAAAACGUUUCACAUGGAGAUCGGUCCUUGUUAAACAUCAGGCGGUGCACACAGCAGAGAGACCCCACAAGUGCUCAGACUGUGGAAAACGUUUUAUGUUGCGCUCAGCCCUCCUUCAUCAUCAGGCAGUCCACACAGGAGAGAGACCCCAUCAGUGCUUAGUCUGUGGGAAAAGAUUCAUAUGGAGGUCAUCCCUUGUUAAACAUCAGGCCGUCCACACAGGAGAGAGACCCCAUAAAUGUCUGGAAUGUGGAGAAAGUUUCACACAGAGGUCAAUCCUUAUUACUCACCAGGGAGUCCACACUGGAAAAAGACCACCAUAAGUGCUUGGACGGUGGAAAGGUUUUCAUAUGGAUUACAGAGCUACAUAAACAUCAAGCACUCCACACAUAACGGAUACUGCAUAAGUUUUGGAUUUAGGGAAAAGUUUUACACAAAGAUUAAAUCUGAUCACACAUCAGGGGUUCCACAUAGAAGAGAGACCCCAUGAGCACUUGGACUCUGAGGAAAAUGUCAUAUGGAGGUCAAGUGCCCAUCAUAAGCAUCAGGGAAUCCAUACACAAGAUAAACCCCAUUCGUGCUUGGACUGUGGGAAAAGUCUUAUCUCGUUAAAUAUCAGUCAGUCCACAUUGGCGUUUGACCCUAUGGGUGCUUGGGCUGUGGGAAAGGUUUCAGAAACAGGUCAGCCCUUCUCAGCUAUCCACACUGGAGAAAGACCCUGUAAGUGAUGAAAAUGUGGGAAAUUUUAGAAAGUGAUCAGUGUUUUGUGUUUAUAUCAGAGAAGUCACACAAGUUUGAGACUCCCUAAGUGCCUGGACUGUGAGAAAAGUUCACAGAGAGAUCAUGUAUUCUGUAACACAUCAGGAAAUCCACACGUCAUAAGUACUUGGAGUGUAAGAAAAGUUACAAAACCAGAUCAGCCCUUGUUUUACCUCAGAGAAUCCAUACUUGGGAGAGACCCCAUAAAUGCUUGGACCGUGGCAAAAGUUGCUUACAGAGAUCACAUGUCAUUAAAAAUGGGGGAAUUCACACAGGAUCUCAGCUUUUGUGACUUGGAGUCAAAAACGGUUGAGAAACUUGGAGGUUAAUUGACUCAGAUUCAACCUUUAGAGACGUGUUAGAGAAGUGUGUGUUUGGAGCCAUUGCAUGCAAGGUAGAUUAGAACUUUGAAGUUAUAAACUCAAAUUGUUAAAAAAUUGGAAGAAGAUAGUAGUGCUGUUGAUUAAUUGCAGUUUAAUGGCGGGAUUAACUCCAAAAACUGAUCGUAGUUAGAAAACUCAAUGAAUCGCAUUGUUAUACAAUAAAAAAAAAUAUUUCUCAAAAA